AAGAGCAGAACUGUCUACAAGACGCAGAGAGAAGCAGCACGGUGAUAACGCAGCAACACAACAAUCUCGUGUGAGAUCAAGCAGAGACUCCUAACAACUAAUUACAGACGACGGGGUGCGAUGCAGCAGUGUGAACAAAAACCAACCCACACUUUCAUUUGACUUCACACUAACAAAACAACCCCCCCCCCGCCCCAAUCGACCAUCAUGAACGUGAGCAACGUGACCAUCAUGAGCUGCAGCAUCCCCUCAGUGGAGUAUCAGUACUACCUCUUCCCAGUGGUCUACAUCCUGGCGUUAGUCGUAGGUCUACCGGGAAAUCUGGCCGCUCUCUUCGUCUUCACCUUCAAAAUCACCCCUCGCACGGCCUUCAGCGUGUACAUCAGCAACCUGGCCCUGGCGGACAUCGUCAUCCUCUGCACUCUGCCCUUCAGGAUCCACUACCACCUCAACAGAAACAACUGGGUGUUUGGGGACGUCGCCUGCCGAAUCACAGGGACACUGUUCUUCUCCAACAUCUACAUGAGCAUCUGCUUCAUGACUUGUAUCUGUGUGGACCGCUACAUGGCCACGGUGCAUCCUCACGCCUACCUGAGGCUGCGGAGGCCCUGGCGCUCUCUGGCUGUGAGCGUGACGCUCUGGUGCAUCGCUGGAGUGGCGAUCGUGGCCUUCAUCCUCAUGGGGCCUCUGGAAACAAAAACCGACCAAUCUGGACGCCACAGCUGUUUUGAGAACUUCGCCAAGAGCGAGUGGGACACGCGCCUGGCGGCGUACAGCCUGCUGAGCCUGAUCUUCUGCUCCCUGCUGCCCUCCGUGAUCAUCCUGGUGUGUUACCCUCUGGCUGUGAGGCGCAUCGCCAUGAUCAGGACUAAAACGGCCCAAAGAGCCGUGAGGGUCAUUUACGUCAUCCUGGCCAUCACGCUGCUCUGCUUCCUGCCCAACCACCUGGUGUAUCUGCUGCACCUCCUGCGACGCAUGGGUGUCAUCAAGAGCUGCACCGCUGCCAACCGCAUCUACGACGCCAGGCGGAUCACCAUGGCCCUCAUCACCCUCAACACUGUGCUGGACCCCGUGCUGUACUAUGUCACCACCGGCCACUGCAAAUGGAGCCGCUUGAAGAUGACGUGGCUGUGUGGACGAGUGCGGAGGACCAGAGGUGUUUAUACGAUUGCAGUGGACUGAGAGAACUGAACCUGUAGUUUUAGAAUGUAAAUACAACUCUGCUUCCUUGUCUAUAUAUGUAACUGGAGACUUUUAUAUAAAAGUGUUUAUUAAAAUUGUCAUUUUACAUCAAAAUAAAGCGACAGACGAAUACA